GCCAAGUGGCACAUUGGAUUACGGUCUUGGUCGCACAGUUCGCUUGCACUUGUGGCUGCACAAUGAUCGCUUUCGCUUUGUUCCUGCUGGCGCUUGCUUCCCUCCUUGCGUGGGAUUUUCUGUGGCGCAAGCGGCGCAACGAUAUGCUGCACUAUAUGCCAGGUCCGCGUGGACUGCCGCUGCUUGGCAAUGUGCUCAUGUAUCGCGGCCUCGAUGCCGAACAGAUCAUGGGAUUUGUGUGCAAAAAUCGCAGCAAGUACGGUUCGCUGUACAAAGUGUGGGUGCUCAAUCAGUUGGCUGUUUUCUCCACGGAUCCGCGCGACAUCGAGUUCAUUCUGAGCAGCCAGCAGCACAUUGCCAAGAACAAUCUGUACGAGCUGCUGCACUGCUGGCUGGGCACGGGCCUGCUCAUGAGCACUGGCAGGAAGUGGCACGCGCGCCGCAAGAUUAUCACGCCCACGUUUCACUUCAAGAUCCUCGAACAGUUUGUGGAGAUUUUCGAUCAGCAGAGCGCCAUUAUGGUGGAGCAAUUGCAGCAGCGGGCGGAUGGUAGAACGGCCAUCAAUAUUUUUCCUGUGGUUUGUUUGCUGGCGCUGGACAUCAUCGCAGAAACCGCAAUGGGCAGCAAAAUCCAGGCACAAAUGAGUCCCAAUCUGCCCUAUGUCCAGGCUGUCACGGAGGUAACCAACAUCAUGACCACCAGAUUCAUUCACGCCUGGCAGCGCAUCGAUUGGCUUUUCCGUUUGCUCAAGCCGGGCAUGGCCAAGCGGCAGGAUGUCGCCAUUAAGGUGAUGCAUGACUUCACCGAGGGCAUCAUUAAGCAGCGUCGCCAGGCGCUCGUCAGCGGCGGGCAGCAGGCGGAGGAGCAGCAGCAGCAAACGAAUGAACUCGGACAGAAGCGUCGCAUGGCGCUGCUGGAUGUGCUGCUGCAGUCGAGCGUCGAUGGUGCGCCACUCAGCAACGAUGACAUACGCGAGGAGGUGGACACGUUCAUGUUCGAGGGCCAUGACACCACCACCUCCGCCAUCUCCUUCUGCCUGUACGAGAUCUCGCGUCAUCCGCAGGUGCAGCAGCGUCUGCUGCAGGAGAUACACGAGGUGCUGGGCCAACGCCGACAGCGGGCGGUCACCCUGCGCGAUCUGGGUGAGCUCAAGUAUCUGGAGAAUGUGAUUAAGGAGUCGCUGCGGCUGCAUCCGCCCGUGCCCAUGAUUGGCCGCUGGUUCAACGAAGAUGUGGAGAUACGUGGCAAGCGCAUUCCAGCCGGCACCAACUACACCAUUGGCAUCUUUGUUCUGCUGCGCGAUCCCGAGUAUUUCGAGUCCCCCGAUGAGUUCAAGCCGGAACGCUUUGACAGCCCCUCGCCCCAGACGAGUCAUCCCUAUGCCUAUAUUCCCUUCUCGGCGGGUCCGCGCAACUGCAUUGGCCAGAAGUUUGCCCUGCUGGAGAUGAAGAGCACCAUCAGCAAGCUGCUGCGACACUUUGAGCUGCUGCCCCUGGGUCCCGAGCCACGACCCGCCAUGAAUAUUGUUUUGCGCUCGGCCAACGGUGUGCAUUUGGGCCUACAGCCACUGGUGGACUUUUUGAACCCGUUUACUUUAUGUAAUUGCCCCCACAGCAACGAUACAAAAACCAAAGUGCACGGACACACGCGUCCACAAAUAGUUAUCCAAGUGCCAGUUCAAGUGUUCCCUGAUAAGACCAUGCUGUUAGCACUGCUGCUGACCCUGACGCUGACCCUCAUUGUGGUGUGGCUGCUGCAGCUGGCAAUGCGUGAGCUGAAGCAUCCGCUGAGAGGGUUGGUGCCCAGCGUCUCGCAAGUGCCGUUAGUCGGUGCCGCCUGGCAGAUGCGCAGCUUUCAGCCAGACAAUCUCCAUGAGAAGUUCUCGGAGUAUGUGCAGCGUUUUGGUCGCAGCUUCAUGGCCACCGUGUGGGGCCAGGUGAUUGUGGUCACCGCCGAGCCACGCCAUGUGGAUGCGCUGCUGCACAGCCAGGAGCAGCUGCGCAAGAGCAGCAUCUAUGGCGCGCUACGCGGCUGGCUGGGCAAUGGCCUGCUGCUCAGCCGUGGCGAGCAGUGGCACGGCAUGCGCAAGAUCAUAACGCCCACGUUUCACUUUAGCAUAUUGGAGCAGUUCGUGGAGGUGUUUGACAGACAGAGCCAGCGGCUGGUGGAGCGACUGCAGCCAGUGGCGAAGGAUGGCCGAGAGCCGAUCAAUAUUUAUCCGUUUGUGGGCCUGGCAGCGCUCGACAUCAUCACGGAAACGGCCAUGGGCGUGUGUGUGGAUGCACAGCUCGAUGCGGAGUCGCCUGUGGUGCAGGCUGUUAGAGCGGUGACAAACACUUUGGCCACGCGCUUCAUGCGUCCGCAUUUGCUGCCGCCGCUGCUGUUUCGGCUGUGCUGGCCCAGCGGCUAUCGGAAGCAGCGUGAGGGCAUACAGUGCCUGCAUCAGUUCACGGAUCACAUCAUCGAACAGCGACGCCAGCUGCUGCGGCGGGAGAGCGAAAGUGCAGCGGAUGGGCAGCGGAACAGUCGCAAUGCCUUGCUGGACACACUGCUGAGGGCGCGUGCGGUGGAUGGGCAGCCGCUGACGGAUAAGCAAAUACGCGACGAGGUGAACACGUUCAUCUUCGAGGGUCACGACACCACCACAUCGGCCGUGUCCUUUUGCUUGUACCUGUUGUCGCGGCAUGCGGACGUCCAGCAGCGGCUGUUCGAUGAGCUGCUGGCGCACUUUGGCCGAUAUUUGGAUCGUUGCGUGGUGUAUGCGGAUUUUGCCGCUUUGCCGUAUCUGAAUUGUGUGGUCAGGGAGGCACUGCGUCUGUAUCCGCCCAUUCCGGCUGUGGGACGUUGCCUGGAAACGGAUUUGACAGUGGUAGGUGGCCGCAUACCAGCGGGAACGAAUGUCAUUCUGCUGCUCUGGCAACUGCUGCGGGAUGAGACGCUCUUCGCAGAUCCACUGCUCUUUCAGCCGGAGCGACAGCUGGGCAAGGGCGCCUACAGCAAUAUUCCUUUCAGUGCGGGUCCGCGUAAUUGCAUUGGCCAGAAGUUCGCCCUGUUUGAGGUCAAGACUGUGGUCAUUAAGCUGCUUAUACAGUUUGUGCUGCUGCCCCUCGGACCGGAUGUGCAGCCCUCCAUUAAGAUCGUUUUACGCUCCAGAAAUGGCGUCAAUUUGGGACUCAGGCAGCGCCAGUAUUGAAUCAGCUGAUUUGUGUUUCAAAAACUCGCUAGAGCACCGCGCUAUUAUCGAUAUUUGUAUCGAUAUAUUACCAAAAAUCUACUUAAUUGCAAUAAAGUUAGUUUAACUGAAA